AGCGGCGAUAUAUGCCGCCUGUGCACCACGUGACUUCCUUUCCAGUUUAACCUGACAACAUGGACACCAGCCGCGUGCAGCCGAUCAAGCUCGCAAGAGUCACCAAGGUGCUCGGAAGAACUGGCUCCCAGGGACAGUGUACACAGGUCCGUGUUGAGUUCAUGGACGACAGCAACCGCUCCAUCAUCAGGAACGUGAAGGGUCCAGUCAGAGAAGGAGAUGUGCUGACACUUCUGGAGUCUGAAAGAGAAGCAAGGAGGCUGCGAUAGUGCCCCCCGGAUGCCGAGGUGCCAGUCCAGUGCUGUGGAGCUGAGGAUGCCAUCAGUUUCGUUUGCAUUAGCCUAUGUCUCACCUGUUCACAUGUUUUGAAAUAAAUUUGGUUAAUGAGCUGAAAA